AUGCUCGGAAUAAACUACGAGAGCAGUGACGAAGAAGACGCCAUUCCUGCGACGAAGACAGAUUUGACGAAUGCUCUUCCAGAAAAUGCGCCUGCACCUCUCUCCGAACCGACGCCUCUCAAGCGACCUGCAGCUGCCACAGGUCCAGUCAGCGGUCCUUCGCAAGGACCGACCGUGUCUCCACCUCCUCAAGAUGAUGCCACGAACGAAGCGCCCCCGGGUUCUCCAUACACCUCCAAUCGCGCCAUAAUACAAAAUCUCACCCUACCUACUGUACCCAAUUUCGAUAUACCACCCUCACCACCUGGAUCGCCACCACAGAGAGCAACAAAGAAGUUUGCGCAAUUCUUAGAUCUCAAGAGCAAGAGUCAGCACUUCAAUCAGCGACUGGAAGGCUCGUCAGUCCUACGCGACCCAGGACAUUUGCGCAGACUGUUAGACUUUGCAGGCAUCAAAGAGGAAGAGCAAUACGCCUCGGCGCUUUCCGAGGAUGUUGCGCUCCCAGUCGUAUUUCCAGAUUGGGCAUAUGCAGAAGAGUUGAAGGCUUCUCAGAAACAGAUUCUGAAGGCAAAAGAGCAGCAAAAGUCCAAAGCGCCGCGCGAGGCUGUCGACUUUGUGUCUGCGACCAAGUCCGCGACAUCAAGUGGAGCAGGUACCCCAUCUGCGAAAGUCCCACGUCAAAGCACCGCUGGAAAGAUAGCAGGUGCGGACCAAGAUCAGGCCAAUGGUGCAUCAUCGCAUAUGGCAGACAAGCGCAAAGAGCUGGAGCAUCGAAUCCAGGAGCACAUUGCGAAGCAGAUCAAGAUCACCUAA